AAUUUCCUGUCAGAUUUUGUUACUCAAACAAUAUCUGUGUUUCACCAGUGUUGUUCAAGAAAUUUGAUCUUUGAUCGCAUUUUUACAAUUUAGAGGUUGCCAAUAUUAGUGAAGUGAUACUGGGAUCAAACCAUGAAGAGACAUAUUACAGAAAAUUCAACCCGAGCUACGGCAGGUUGCCUUCCUGUAUUACUGUUUAAUCAAAAGAAAAGAACCAGACUGCCUUUGACUUCAAACCCUAUGGAACACGAGCCAGGCUCAAACAACCUAUUUCCUACACCAGAGAGUUUUGACUCACCACCAGCAGGCGACAAAGGAUUAACUCAAAACAGAGCACCAGGCAAUCAGACAACAAUUCAAAACAAUUAUAGGACCAAGUUUCAGUAUCCCAAUAUGAGGACUAAUAUAGAUAAUUCAUGUAGUGGAAUGACUCCUGGGCCAAAUUCAGGAAAAUGUACGAAUACUGGCCAGCUCCAACAACAUUCACCUCAGUAUCAACAAGUUCAAGAACAGAGAAAGUUUUCUCAUGAAUCUAACAUCACAAGACAAAACAGUAAGAACAGCUGGAAUCAGCUUCAGCAACAGGUACCUCCACGCCAACAAAGACAGGUACAAAGGCAGUUUUCUGGUGGAUCCAACAUUGCAGGACAAAGCAAAAUGACAGGGUGGAACACAGAUGAUAGACAACAGUCUGGAAACACUUGGAAAGAAAAUUGUAGGUCUCUCACGAAUGAAAGAACAGAAUGCACUUCUAAUGGGAACAAUCAUAUUCAAACAAAAAUAACAAGUAAUUUCAGAUCAUGUGUCCCAUCUGAAUCAUGCAAAGCACAAGAAAAGUCUUCUCAGCAAACACAUCAGUGGCCGAAGAGUUCAUCUCAACCAACAAGCAGUAAACGUGGUGGCCAACUCAAUCCAUUUAUUGAAAACCAAUUUGAAAAUAAUCCAAGUGAUGUAAUUAAUCAGAAAUCACAACCAGUUCAUGUGAGAGUUAUGCAGCCAGAUAAUUCAUUACGUAUUGUGACCACAUCUAUAGAAGGCAUGAAAUACUGGACUCAGUAUAACCACAAAUGUGGAUUGCUGUUUGAAGUCAUUGCUACCCUGGAUUCUGCUGUCAGAGCGGGAGAACAAAGUGCUAAAAACUUUCUUCUGAGAGACAGAAACGAUUCCGUUCCAUCUGUGUUUUAUGAAAUGGAUCGUGACCUUCCAAGGCUGAUCAGAGGACAAGCACACAGAUGCAUGGGGACCUAUGACCAAAGAAGAAACCUUUUUAAAUGUGUGUCUGUUAGACCUGCCUCAGUUGUAGAACAAAAUACUUUUGCAGAAUUUGUCAGUGUAGCAGAUACUGAGAUGACGCAGUUUGCUAGGGCAGUAAAUGAACUCUGAAUACUUAUUAACCCAUAUCAAAAAUUUGUCAUUUAAUUUUGUUAUGUAGGAGGCUGAAAAAAGGGCAUUGUAAAAUUGCAGUUUAAAAUAUAAAUUUUAUAACUAUUUCACUCUUUAAUUCUAAAGUUAGAACUAUAGAUGUGAUAAAUGUGUUUUUCGAAUCAACAAAUUUUGAGCAAACCUUUAGAUUUUUUUGUUUUAAUAUUGAAUUUAUGUAUGUGCAAUGCUGUGUUGCUUUGAUCAUUUUUGAAAUACAUGUUGAGGUAAAAUGGUCCCAUUGCAGGUUCCUUUAAAAAUAUAAGAUUCAGAAUGCUAACUUGUGAUGCCUGUUGUGAACAUGCAUAAACCUGUUACUUUUCCAAGUACAUUUUUUCUUGUUUAGUAUCAGUUCUUUAAAGUUCUGCUUUGCAGUAUUUACUCUGGUGCAUGCUUAGAAUAAAAGUUAGGGGGAUGUUUUCUCUGAUAGAUUGAAAAUUGGCACCCGACUGAAGAAGUUUAGAUAGGGCAAUAAACUAAAGAGCACCACACUUUGAGAUUUUAUUACUGCCCAAAUGAAAUAUAUUAUUUCAAUUUUAUGCAAGGGUUUUAAAAUUUGCUCCUAGCUAACCUUAUUGCAAACAUUGGCUGUCAUAAGGCUGAAUGCCUUAUCUAAUGUGUUAUGAUGUUCACAAACCAAUGAUUAAUGAUUGUGACAUCAUUAUUGCAGUGUUUUCGAGAAAUAAUCAGCAUUUGAUUAUAAGAAAAUGUUAUGUUGAAUUUAUAU